UCUGAUUCCGAGACCAAAAUGGCCGACAAAAUGGAUAUGUCUUUGGAUGACAUCAUUAAGCUGAACCGGAGCCAGCAAGGCAGUCGCGGCAAAGGCCAGGGCUGGAGCAGGGCCGGCUACCAGGGCCGCCACGGUGGUGCCAUGCAGGCCCCUGUGUGGGGGAAUCGACGCAGCAGGUCUCUGAAGAACCGGCCUACCAUGAGUGGUGGCUCUGCCGGAGGAGGCAGGAACAGGCCGGCUCCCUACAGCAGGCCUAUACAACUCCCAACAACGUGGCAGCAUGACCUAUUCGACAGUCACUUCCGUGGUGGAGCCAGCAUGGAGAUGGGCGGAAAGCUGUUUGUGUCAAACCUUGACUGCGGGGUGUCAGACGCGGAUAUUCAGGAACUCUUCUCAGAGUUUGGAACACUGAAGACAGCAGCUGUGCACUAUGAUUGCUCUGGACGUAGUUUAGGGACAGCACAUGUGCACUUUCUACAGAAGGCAGAUGCUCUGAAGGCUAUGAAACAGUACGAUGGUGUCCCUUUAGAUGGCCGCCCAAUGAACAUUCAGCUUGUCUCAUCGCAGACUGACUCACAAAGAAAACCUGCACAGAGAAUAAACAGAGGUGCCAUGAGGAGAAACCAUGGCUCAGGGUGUUUUGGUGGUGGCCUCAUCCGGAGAGGGACCCGUGGAGGCAGCCCUGGAAGAGGUAGAGCUACGAGCAGGAACUCAAAGCAGCAUCUUUCUGUCGAGCAGUUGGAUGCACAGCUGGAUGAGUACAAUGCACAGAUGGACACCAGUUGAACAGCCGGGCAUAUCCACAGAAAUGACAGGACCCAGAAGCUUUGUCCGUAAUCCCUCGAGGGGGUUUGAAAACUGGACUGUGAGGACAAUGGUGGAUUUCUUUUUGUUUGUCUCUCUCUGUCUUUUUUCCCUGUUUUCAAAUGGGAUCUAAAAACACAUGUAAAGGCUUUUUUUCCCUCCUUUUCUAAUACGGAAACAGACCUGUUUUGUACCGAGUUAUGUUGGCGAUCAGUUUUACUGGUUACUGUUGUGCAGAAGGAGGCAUAUUCACCUUUGCCAUAAUAAACUAGACUUGUGUGUAGGAAAGAAAAUAAAAAGAGAAUUCUGGCUACAAAA